UUACAAUGGACCAGGAAGUGGAUGCUAGCUUUGAGGACAAGAUUGAGGGCUCAGACACCUCAUCCACGGCUCAGGUGGUAGAGACGUCUGAAAACAGUGUUUUCUGCAAUCUACUUGAAAUUACAAUGAACCAGGAAGUGGAUGCUAGCUCUGAGGACAAGAUUGAGGGCUCAGAUACCUUAUCUACGGCUCAGGUGGUAGAGACGCCUGAAAACAGUGUUUUCUGCAAUCUACUUGAAAUUACAAUGGACCAGGAAGUGGAUGCUAGCUUUGAGGACAAGAUUGAGGGCUCAGACACCUCAUCCACGGCUCAGGUGGUAGAGACGUCUGAAAACAGUGUUUUCUUCAGUGUUCCUGAAAUUACAAUGAACCAGGAAGUGGAUGCUAGCUCUGAGGACAAGAUUGAGGGCUCAGAUACCUUAUCUACGGCUCAGGUGGUAGAGACGUCUGAAAACAGUGUUUUUUUCAAUCUACUUGAAAUUACAAUGAACCAGGAAGUGGAUGCUAGCUCUGAGGACAAGAUUGAGGGUUCAGACACCUCAUCCACGGCUCAGGUGGUAGAGACGCCUGAAAACAGUGUUUUCUGCAAUCUACUUGAAAUUACAAUGGACCAGGUAGUGGAUGCUAGCUCUGAGGACAAGAUAGAAAGCUCAGACACCUCAUCCACGGCUCAGGUGGUAGAGACGUCUGAAAACAGUGUUUUCUGCAAUCUACUUGAAAUUACAAUGAACCAGGAAGUGGAUGCUAGCUCUGAGGACAAGAUAGAAAGCUCAGACACCUCAUCCACGGCUCAGGUGGUAGAGACGUUUGAAAACAGUGUUUUCUUCAGUGUUCCUGAAAUUACAAUGAACCAGGAAGUGGAUGCUAGCUCUGUGGACAAGAUUGAGGGCUCAGAUACCUUAUCUACGGCUCAGGUGGUAGAGACGUCUGAAAACAGUGUUUUCUGCAAUCUACUUGAAAUUACAAUGGACCAGGACGUGGAUGCUAGCUUUGAGGACCAGAUUAAGGGCUCAGACACCUCAUCCACGGCUCAGGUGGUAGAGACGUCUGAAAACAGUGUUUUCUUCAGUGUUCCAGAAAUUAUAAUGAACCAGGAUAUGGAUGCUAGCUCUGAAGACGUGAAAAAAGGCUCUGACCCCUCAUCUGUGGCUCAGGUGGUGGACACAUCUAAAAACAUUGUUUUUUCAGAAACCUCUGUUAAUGUUCAGAUGGAGGAGAAGUCAGAGAGACGUACUUUCUUCAUUGAAGUAAAAAUUAACAAGGAUGUGGAAGCUCGCUCUGAGGAAAAGAAAGGUGACUCCGGAUCCAUAACUAACUCUUUUACAAUCCAGAUACCAGAAAACUGUGCUUUUGACAAACUAAAUAUUACUGAAAACAUAAAUAUUGUUGCUGACAAACUAACUCAAUCUGUAUCCAUAUCAAACUCUUUCAAAGUGAAGAUAUGUGAAAACGAUUUUGACAUCAGCAUUCCUGAUGUCAAACUUAACUUGAAUGUGGAAGCUAAGUCAGAGGAUGAGAAAAACAGCUGUGAAACAGCAAAUGUUUUGACAGUGAAGGCAUCAGAAAAGGUUGGUGUUUCUGUCAGAGCAGAUCCUGCAAGUGAGGGAGUCAGUAAAAAAGGUGGACAAAGCAGCAUUGAAAAACCAGAACAUUUGUUGAACUUGACUGUAAAACCGUCAGCGACGCUUCCUAAAGCAAACUCUUUGGUUGAUGAUGUUAGCACUAACGAUAAACAAAGCAACUCCGGUUUUACUCUUGAUGGGAUUGUUUGUACUGGAUCUGAAGAACAUGUUCAGGAAGUUGGAGCCAACGACAGUACAUUAAUGAAGGUUGAAACUGGCAGAAAGACAAAGAAUACGAUGAAAAGCACUGAGGUGUCUAAUCACAAUAGCAUGAAAGAAGAAGACGACCCCACAAAUUGCGGGAUUGAUGCAUGUGCCACGAUAUUAAUUUUUUUCUUGUUUUUGAUUUUAGUUGAUUUUAUUAAACAUUGUUAUUUUUGUCCAGGCUGUACCCGACCUCGCCCCCAUUGACAGCUGGAGAUAGGCACCAGCACCCCUUGAAUCAGAGUUAAGUCUUAACUUCUGCGUCAGACACUGGAGGUUAGGUAGUUCAUAAUUUGUUUCAGGUUUGAUAAAAAAAUGUUUUCUUGCCUCACUGCAAGAAGGUCCCGCGUUUGAGUCCUGCCCUCUAUUUGGAGCUUGCAUGUUCUCCCCAUGGGUGUGUAGGUUUUCUCCGGGGGCUCUGGUUUCACCUACUACUAAAGACAUGCUGGUCAGGUCGGCCAUUAGUGGCAGCGCGCUCAGUCGCUGCAACUCAGGCUAACCCUCCAUCUGAUCUACGAAAUUCCGUUGUAUGUAGCUUGUAUGUAAUGACAAAAAAAAAGCAUCCCAGCUUAUCUUGUGUUUAUCGCCAUACUUUGUUUAAUUUCUCGAUCGUAGUAAGAUCUUAACUCCACAUAUUGGAAAAGGUUUCUCUAGAUUAAACAGUUUCGGGGGGUCU